CUCAACUGCGGCCUUCCCAAGAUGUCGGUCCGUGUCAAGAUGCUGGCCCUGCAGAACUGGGCCCGCUGGGACGACCAAGUCUCUGACGGCGACAAGAUGCUGUCGAUGAUCCUGCGCAACAAGAUCAUUGCGCCCUACCACCCCGACCAGUUCCUCGGCCAAGGAGUCCGAGCCGAUCCGCACUGGGCCAUGGUGGUCCGCCGACAAGAGGCCGACCACUCCCUCACGGCCACGGAGAUCUACCGAGGCAAGACCCGACACCAGCCGCCGCCGCCCGGACCGCCCCGACCCCAGCCCGUCCCGAUCAAGACCCUCAUCUUCGAGGACCACAUGAAGAACGGCUUCGACCGCUCCAAGCAGCUCACCGCCGCCUGCACCCCGUCGACCAAGAUGUCGGGACUCUGGGAGGCUCGCGGGUACCAAGGAUCCAUGAUCAUGCUCAUGUUCAUGGUCCGAUGGCGACUCGGUGCUCUCCCAGGCCACUUCAGAUUUGGCUACCGCAAGUGCAAGAACCUGGCUCGACACGGAUCCGGGAUCGACUUGACCAGGACCCACGCACAGCAGUGUGUGGAUCCGCAUCAAGUCCUGGUCCGCAAGGUCGCAGCCCUCAAGACGGCCCACCCGACUUGGGUGGAAAGUGUUUCGAUCGCACUCCCCCUCGCAGUCGCACCCCUCCCGCACUUGGAUCACUUGCUGCUCAUGUACCCGCUCCCCGCACUGCCUUCCGAGCAUUCGCACUUGGUGCACACCCAGCACCACCACCCACUCCCACACCCAGUGUAGUCCCACCCUUGCAGUCUCUCCCUGCACCCUCAUCACAGCGUAGUAUAGU